AUGUUUCGACAACAGAUUUCCAAUCUCUCCCGAUUCACAUCGUCGACCCUAAAGUAUGCCGCAUCGAGCACGACGAGCUUUUUUGUUCCGUCGUCAUGGUCCCUACAGGAUCCCGGGGUGCCAUCGCAACAGUUGAUUGAGUUCUGGAUAGCGGACACUCAACGAGGGCUGGAUGCCUUACUCAAUGAUCAAUUCGACCUUGCCCAUGAUAUCUUUGCACAGCAUUGCGCCGUAUCUCCAUUCCAUGCCAUUGGUUACGCAUUGAUGACCUAUGUUGAAGCCAUGUUGGCCUUUGAUGCCGAGAAGAUUCAGGAAGCAACCCAUCGAAUAGCCGCUGCGGAGAAUGUAGCUCGUCAACUAGGCAAGCGUGUGCGUGGUAGUGGUAGCAACAAUACCGUUGUUGCCGGGUGGCGGUCAUCCAACAAGGAGAAACAGGCAUCAACAACACCCAUUCAUCAUGCAUCAUCCACCUUCGAUCCCAAUCAAUCCAUAUCAAUAUCAUUUGCCUCAACUACAAAUGAAGAAGAGGAGGUCGUAGAGGAUGAUGAUUCUUCGACACAAAAGAGUACCAGCAGUGGAAGUAGUACAGGCACAGUGAUGACAGCACCUGAAGAACCCACUGAGGAAGAAGAACAUCAUCAUCAUCAGCAUCAGCAUCCUAUGAUGGAUCAACCUUUACCCCAAACCAACAAUGGUUGUUCAAAGGAGUAUCGACGUUCAGUGGAUCUUUUGUGCGAGUUGAUUGAAGUCAAUUGUAUGCUUAUGUCGGCCACAGUUCAAUUCCUUGGCAGCAGUUGGAUCGAAUACAUGAAAGCAACUUAUCGACUACGCAAGUCGUACAAGAUGUAUGAGCAUCUUUUUGAAGAGUUGGUCGGCCAAAAGACGAGUGAUUAUGCAAAUACGUUAAGAAAGCAGCGACGUUCAACACCGCUAUCGAGCACCUGCAAUCAAUUCAAACGUGAAAAUGCUCAUGUCAACAAACGAUUCAGCUUUUUUGCUCUCCCAACACGUAAGCCAAGCAUGGAUCAAUUACGCCACUCUUCGUUUCGGCGUCGAUCGCUUUCCUCCUCCCCUCUUGAUGAGAAUACGGAUCCAGCAUCACGUAAUGAUAGGAGUAGUGCUCUUGAAAGUGGUGUCUUUUUUGGGAUCGGUUUAUUCAGUCUUAUCUUUUCUUUACUACCACCUCGAGUGAACAGGAUACUCAACACGCUUGGUUUCCAUUCAUCACGCCCUUUUGCAUUGCAUGUAUUACAACGAUCCUAUGAAAGCCGUGGCCUUUAUUCAUCACUCAGCGCAUUGACCUUGCUCAUCUAUUAUACCAACCUUACGUUGUUCAUUCACCCACGCCUAUUCCCAUCAUCUAUCAGCCCUGAGACUGCAAGAAGCAUGCUGAACGACAUGAAAACGAGAUACCCUAAUAAUAAGAUUUGGGAGUUACUAGAAGGCAAACUCUGCAAGAUGGAAGGGAUGCCACGACGAGGAGUUGAAAUUUUACGUGAUUCAAGGCGACGACGUAUGGAUGGAUCUGGUAAACCUGUACGGAGUGAAGAUUGCUUUGCUAUCAGUGAUCUUGCACAGCUUCAAGCACUUGCAGUAUACGAGAUGGGAUGGGGUCAGAUUUUUCUGGGCGAUUACUUUCAAGCAUCAGAGACGUUUUUCAGACUCGAAAGCAUCAACAAUUGGUCUCGUGCAUUUUAUCAUUACAUUGCCACCUGCUGCAUGUUUGCCAAUGAACAAUACGAUAAGGCUGGAAUGGAGUUUCAUCAAAUUCCUGGAAUCCUUGAACGCAAGCGACAGCUGGGAGGUCGUUUAUUACCCAAUGAGGCAUUUGCAGAGCGUAAGAUCCGUCGUUGGAAGGAAAAGGCACAAAAGGUGGCUGCCGAGACAUUACAGCAUCCAUGGAUGACUCAACAACAAGUCAAGGAGCGUUAUUCUUUGCUGGAUGGCGAUAUUCUUAAACAAGUGGUUGUUGUCAAUCCUUUAUGGGAGCUUAUUUACCUAUGGAAUGGCAUACCUCAAUUGACAAAAGAGAUGCAAUGCAACAUGAAGGAGCGCCUUGAACGAUGCAUUGAACAACAACCCAGUAUCUCGGACAUUGCCAUCUUACAUCUUUUGCUUGGGGUUGUGUGCAAAGAAUUGGAUGAGCACAAGAAAGCUGAAGAAUGUUUCAAGCUAGUGAUUGGUCUCGAUACCCAAGUACAAGAGGAUCGAUGGGCUGUGCCAUACGCCAUGUAUGAAUUAGCCGCACUUGGAUGUUUUCAGUUGCAAUACGAACAUGACAACACCAUCAAGUUGAGUGAACUACGUGCAUUGGUGAAGAAUGCAGAGCAAUAUUUUAGCCAACAACGACGAUCCACGUCGGCGUCAACAGCCGAUUCUGCCGCAUCCCUAGAGGAAACCUAUGUUACAGAGGAUACGCAUGAUUGGGAUAGCCGAUUGCAUGUUCGGUGUCAGCUCUUGUUAGAAAAGUUAGACGAGUGUAGGUUUACUGUAUAG